CACACUUCACUUUGGAAAUUAGCAGAUUUUAGAACAAAAAUAAGAUAAAAUAAUAUAAAUCAGUAGGACCUAAAAGGACACAAACUUUUUCAAAAUCCCGCCCUUAGACCAGGAUCAGCCGAUUCGACACGGCGCUGGCAAGAGGAAGUUGUUCCCGCCAAGACACCAGAGUGUGUGCUCAUUGCUGCUGAAGAAGACACGGGACAGACCCAGGAAGCUGAAGUGGUCAGAUAUCCAAGAGACAAGAAGGGCAUUUACUAACCCUCCUCUCCCGAAUCACAUACCUCAUUGAUUAUGGUGUGAUUAUGGUUGUACUAGCAAGCUGAGAUAGCCAUUUAAUGUUUGGAAACCCUGCUACGCAAUUGCCCAGAGACUGUGGUUUUAUUUGUGAAUAAUUUGGACAUCGUCCAGUUGAAAGGGAACUGACAGGAGCUUUAUAACAAUUUUACAAAGGUCAUUCUAAGGUUAAGCUCUUGGACCAAUAUUUCUAUGAGUGCUUAAUUUUCAAAGUAUUACUGAUUCUUAUAUUUAUGAAUCAAGUCCUUGGAAAGGCUAACACACUGGAAUGAAAUAGUGGUCGCAAUGGGAAAAUUCUCAGAUGCUACUCCUGGGGUAGGUUCUCUUAAUUUUAUAGUGGUAUAAAUGGAAUAGCUGGUGUUCUCAGGUAUAAGGUUUGUAGUUUGCCAAUAUAUUCAUUAUCAAAGCUUUAGAUUCCCAUCAAGUUAGGGGGGUUUUGUUAUUUUUUUUCCCUCAGAAAAAUAGUUCCAUUAAAAAUUUUUAUAACAAGAAAUAGAUUCUCUAUUUACUUAAAAAUCAUUUUGCCAUGUUAGAAGAUGAUUUUUUGGAAGAAGACAUCUGGGAAUACAAAUCUAAAAGAAAACCAAAACCAGUACAUACAAAUAAUUGCUCUGAGAAUAUUCCAAAAUCUGUUGAAAAAGCAACAGAUGGAAAAUACCGGUCAAAACGCAACAGAAAUAAAAAAAGAACUGCAGAACCUAAAGAGAAGACAAAGGACCCCGAAGUGUGCUUCGGAGAAACAGAUAGUCAGAAUUCCGUAGCUUCUAGUCAGAAUUCUAGCUGUGGAGAUGGUAUUCACCAGUCCCAAGACAAGGAGACAACUCCAGGAAAGCACAAUAGGACUCGCAAAAACAAACAAGUAUCUCCAAAGAUACGUCCAGUUUAUGAUGGAUACUGCCCAAACUGCCAGAUGCCUUUUUCCUCAUUGCUAGGUCAGACACCUCGAUGGCAUGUUUUUGAGUGUUUGGAUUCUCCACCAGUUUCUGAAACAGAGUGUCCUGACGGUCUUCUGUGCACCUCAACAAUUCCUUCUCAUUUCAAGAGAUACACUCACCUCCUGCUGGCUCAGAGCAGGGCAAGCAAUAGUUCCUUCAGCAGCCCACCACCUGGGUCAGAGGAUUGCUUCAGUGAGACUAAUUCAGGCCUUCUCUGUGGCCUUGAGGAAAGAUGGUCUCUGCAUCAGAAGCCAACGGAAAGCUUAAGAAAUGUUGCAGCUCACCCCUCGUUAGUGAUACCGUGUCUAAGGAAAUCUCAGUCUCCACCUGAAACCAAUAAAAAGAUUUCUUCUUCUUCGACAGCUAUCCAAACGUCCCAACAAAUCCCACAAUUUCCAGAAAGUGUUAAUAAGGACAAACUGGUAGGAGUCAGUUUGGCUCUUGCUGAAGAACGAGACAGCCAAAGCAACUCAGAAUGCAUAUACUCCCCACUGCCAGGAAAUGACUUUAGUAGCUGUGAAAUCUCUUAUUCUCCACUUCAAAGUGAUGAGGAAACUUACAGUAUGGAUGAAAAGCUGGGUGAUUCGCAGCAGGAGAUACUCUUUACGGGGAGCUCUAAAGAUGGCAGCAUGGAAGAAGAUGGCAGCGUGGAAGAAGAUGACAGCAGCUCCACUUUGUUUCGAAAACUCCAUGGGUCCUUCCUGAAGGACCAGCAGGAGAGCGGCCCCUACGUGGAUGGCUUCUUAACUCAGGAUAAAUACCACGAAGUAUUGUAUAAAUUCAGCACUCUACCUGAUUCAUCUCAGCUUUUUUUCCAAAAUAGGGAUGUUUUUCCGUGCGAUGACCCUGUGCACACCGAUAAUGAUUUUGCGCUGUUUCCAUCUGCUUUAGCACAAGGGUUUACUUCUAGUUAUCAGGCUGCUAAUGCAAAACUUGGUAAGCCAGAAUGUCACCCAUCUCAGUCAAAUAAACAGAAACAGGUAGUUGAAGAAUCAGCUGUUUGCAAUCAGGUUUCUCUUCCGUUGCUUAAUAGUGAGAUGCCCAAAGCUCUCGAGGGGCAGAGAGAAGGGGAUCUUUCUUUCCGUCCAACCCAAAGUAAAAUUAGAAAAUCAUCAAGUAAGAACUUCAAAGCAAAGAACAAUGCUAAUUCAGCAUGUGUCUGCAGAAAGGCAUUAGGUGGUCGACCAGACAGUAAAGUUACAGUUCCCAAUACAGAGAAUUCUUCCAGUUCUCUUAAUACUCCCGAGUCUCGGAAAAUGUUGCCAUCUGGUCCCAACUGUCCUGCAACACCGCCUUCUUCCAAAGUAAUGAAACAAAUGGAUAUAGGUGUUUAUUUUGGACUACCACCCAAAAGAAAAGAAGAGAAAUUGCAGGAGGGAGGUGCAGUGGAAGGGAUGAACUUAAAUCCAGUUGUAAGUCCUAAUGAAAAGAGGUCCCCCCGGCAGCGCAAGAGGAAAGCAGAAAAAUCUUUAAGUGAUUUAGAAUUUGAUGCAAUGAAUUUAAGUGAGAGUCAGGCCUCUGUAGAACUUCCUAGUGAGAGGUCACGGCGUCAAAGAAAGAGACCUAAAAAGUCAGAUUCACUACAGGAAGGAGAACAUCAGAAGAGGUCACAUCACCUUAACAGGGCAGAAUCCAGAAGAGUCAAUUUAAGGAAAGACAAAGUCUUCGUAAAAUCACCUUACAGCAGGCUGCAGAGAGGGAACUCGAAAAUCCCAGAGUCACCUAAUGCAGGACAAUUAAGAACAAGGACAUGUCCAUUCUAUAAGAAAAUACCUGGGACGGGCUGUACCGUGGACGCCUUCCAGUAUGGACUGGUUGAAGGGUGCACAGCCUAUUUUCUCACACAUUUUCAUUCUGAUCACUAUGCUGGAUUGUCUAAAAACUUCACAUUUCCAAUUUAUUGUAGUGAGAUAACUGGAAAUUUGUUGAAGAGCAAACUUCACAUACAAAAACAGUACAUCCAUCCAUUGCCGAUGGACACGGAAUGUAUAGUAAAUGGUAUAAAAGUUGUUUUGCUUGAUGCCAAUCACUGUCCAGGUGCUGUCAUGAUCCUGUUUCAUCUUCCUAAUGGUAAUGUCUUCUUACACACGGGUGACUUCCGAGCAGAUCCCACCAUGGAACGUUCUCGUCUUGCAGGCCAGAAAAUCCACACGCUUUACUUAGAUACAACAUACUGCAGCCCAGAAUACUCCUUUCCAUCUCAGCAAGAGGUUAUCCAAUUUGCCAUCAACACUGCCUUUGAGGCAGUAACUCUAAACCCACGUGUUCUCAUCGUCUGUGGCACUUACUCUAUUGGAAAAGAGAAAGUCUUCCUAGCCAUUGCUGAUGUUUUAGGUUCAAAAGUGGGCAUGUCCCAAGAAAAAUAUAAAACCUUGCAGUGCCUCAACAUACCAGAACUUAAUUCCUUCAUCACUACAGACAUGUGUAGUUCACUGGUUCACCUUCUCCCAAUGAUGCAGAUUAACUUUAAGGCUUUACAGAGUCAUUUGAAGAAGUGUGGUGGAAUAUAUGAUCAGAUUUUGGCUUUUCGACCUACGGGAUGGACGCAUUCUAACAAGUUAACGAGGAUAGCAGACAUUAUCCCCCAGACCAAAGGAAACAUCUCAAUAUAUGGAAUCCCCUACAGUGAACACAGCAGCUACCUAGAAAUGAAACGCUUUGUUCAGUGGCUGAAGCCCCAGAAAAUCAUACCAACCGUGAAUGUUGGCACCUUGAAAUCUAGGAGGACAAUGGAGAAAUAUUUUAAAGAGUGGAAAUUGGAAGCUGGAUAUUGAUGUUACCCGAAAGGACUCAGAUCUAGUUAAGUAACUUAGGUAGAGCUCGUUACUAGUUAAACAUUUGGUGAUCUGAAAUAUGCUGUGUGUGGAAAACCUCGUGAAGGCUGCUCGGAUAGCUUGUUUUCUCAUUUAUGUGUAGUAUAUGUGCCGCCGAAGCGAGCACGCUCAUUUAUGUUUAAAUAGCGUGUUGCUGGUGCCAGGCAUCUCUCAGCAUCAUCAGUGAUGAUGGAGACUGCUCUCCCAAGCCCUGGAUUCUUGCUCCUUCAUUGGGAGCAGGUAUCCUCUGCAUCUAGCCUCAGGAGAGGCAGCAAAGGUAGCCUUAGGGACCAAAGGUCUCAUGAUCAUAGAUAAAGGACACUGAAAGCUUUAUAUAUAAGUAAUUAUGUAUCUUUAAAAUUAUUUAAUAUGGAGCAUAUUUUUAUGAAAUAACUUUUAUAAUGUACUUAAAUAAAAAAAUCUUAA